CAAGCAGCAACAGGUCCUCCUCCUGAAUGGUAGCUUAUGGAGGAUACUGCACCGGUUGCUUAUAGACAAAGAGCUGAGAUCAAGACAAAGAGACAAUCUGUGUUUCAUGACAAGAAGAAGCAGCAUUGAAGAAAUUGUCAUUCAGUCUUAGAGGUGUCCCGGUUAAUCGAGUCCACACUGAUAGGAGUGAGUCAGUAGCCAGGAGCAGCUCUUUGCAAUGGAGGCUCUGCGAGUGCUGGACAACUGGAGACAGGACAUGCAUGUGUCGCAGGGAGCCGGGGACAGCUCAGUGGACAUGGACCGGCUGAACAGCAACAUGCCCGAGUUUGGAAGGAAAACACACCAGGUGCUAAAGAGCACUCCUCUGGAUUUCCUUGAGACAGGGAAGGGUCUGAAGUUCCAGGCAGAGCGCCCCCACCUGGUGAGCCUGGGCAGCGGACGUCUGAGCACCGCCAUCACCCUGCUGCCCCUGCCCGAGGGCCGGACCACAAUGGGUCAUGGUCCCAUGGACAUCAACCUGCAGGGCCCCGGAGUGGCUGCCCAGCACUGCUACAUCGAGAACAGGUCGGGGGUCAUCACGCUGCACCCCUGUGGGAACCUCUGUGCCAUCGACGGGCUCCAGGUCACUCAGCCCGUCCGCCUGUCGCAAGGCUGUAUGCUGUGUUUUGGCCAGUCGGCCUACUUUCGCUUCAACCACCCUGAAGAAGCCCUCAGGAUGAAGAGCAUGGUGCCUCAGGGAGGAGGUCUCUCCGCCGGGGACUACAGACUCAGUCCAGGCACAGAGAGCUUUGUCAAUGGGAAUCACCAGGCCAGUCCAGUCCAGUCUCCCCAAACUCAUGGAGAAAGAGUCCAGUCUGAGCACAGUGCAAUCGUAAGCUCUAUUGAGAAAGACCUCCAGGACAUCAUGGACUCUCUAGUCAUGGAUGAUCCACAGCCUUCUUCCUCGGAUGGCCAAAAGCCUUCUGGAGGCCAAUCCAUUCCCCAUUCCCCCCUGUCCCCAAUGCUCAAUGGAGGUGGCAGGUAUCUACUGUCCCCUCCUACCAGCCCAGGGGCUAUGUCCGUUGGAUCCAGCUAUGAGAAUACAUCCCCUCCCUUCUCCCCCCUUUCCUCCCCAUCUGCAGCCAGCAGUGGGAGCUUUACUAGCCCAUCUCCUAUUGGAGGACCCCAGGACCAGAGUUAUUCUCUUCCGCCAGUGCCUGUACGCUCCUCAAGCUACAACUUCUCCACCAAUCCCAUCGCCGGCUGGGGUGCGCCUGUCCCCCAGCCACGGACUAUACUGCCUAACUUCAGCAGCGGUGGGGUGGGCCAGAAGGUUCAGGAAAGCCCCAGGCUGCAGAGGAAGGUCUUAUCAGAGGCCCCUCCAAGCCCUAAGCCAAGCCGCAGAGCACUUGGCCCUGAUGGGUCUGAGAGCCCCCGACAGAUUAUGUUCUCCUCUUGUGAAUCUCUCAGUAGUAGACACAUAGUGCCAAGCAGCCCAAGACUCAUUACCAAAUUCUCUAACUGUCCAUCGCAGUCUCCUUCCAGUCCCAGGACCAAGUCAACCACAGUGCUCCAGGAAAGACCUGCCAGUCCUUUCAGAGAACAGACCAGUCUCGCUGAUUUCCCCCUGACCCCCAGCUCCUCCAGGCAGCUUUCCCAACCCAACAGAGCCUUCCAGCCUCCUCUGGACCCUAUCGUCCACAUCAUCCAAGGAUCGCCGCUCCAGCAGCAUCCGCGUUCGCUGCAGGCCCCUGAAAGCCCUCGCAUGGCCAGGAGGAACAUGGAGCUGAAUGGUGGCGGUGGAGGGAGCUGCAGUAUGAGGGAGCUGCCUCCUCUUAGCCCCUCCAUGGCUCGACGAGGGGUCCCAGUACUACCAGGGGCUCUCCCAGGGAUGAUACCAACCUUAAGAACUCCAGAAAGCCCCUCAAGUCUGGGCAAGCUCAUCCCGGUGAGUCCCAGGCUCCGACGCAGGAGUGGAUCUACGUCCGAGGAGCCAACUGGCAGCAGCAGGGGGGUCCGAGCCCGCAGUCCGUCGCCUACCUCCAUGAUGAUGGACGGCGGUGGGGGUUCGGGAGGACGGAAGGCGAGUUUUGGGAAUUCCCUGUCACCUGCUUACAGUUUGGGCUCCCUACCAGGAUCUUCCCCUGUUUCCAGCCCCAGGACCCAUAGGAAGAUGUCCUCAGGGAGACCCCACCCUGGAAUGAGGGAGAGGAAGAACAGCAUCACAGAGAUCAGCGACAACGAGGAUGAGCUGCUGGAGUACCACCGUCGACAGAGGGAGGAGAGGCUACGAGAGCAGGAGAUGGAGAAACUGGAGAGACAGCGACUGGAGACCAUCCUGAACCUCUGCGCAGAGUACAACAAAGGAGACGGCAGCGAGCUGGAGCCACUGGGCUCGGGGAGGACGGGUUUCCCCGGGGCGCUGACGGACGGCUCGGGGCGGAUGCUGUCCCAGGAGAACAUCCUGGGAGGAACGCCGUCCCAGGCCACGCUGCGUCUGCUGCAGAGGCAGAGGGAGAGCGACGAGGAGAACCUGAAGGAGGAGUGCAGCAGCACGGAGAGCACGCAUCAGGAGGUGAGGACGUCUCCUGCUCUCAGCGCAGCUCUGCACAAAGGGGACAGACAGCACGAGGACUCGUUGGGUUCGGGCCGUCUGGAGCUCGGUUACCUGGAAGACGAGCGCGUUCGCGUUCUCGCUCGGAUCGAUGAGCUGAAAAGCCGGUUUACGGAGCUGGAGCAACAACUCCAGGAGUCCAAACAAGAGGCGGAGAUGGAGCGGGCCCUGCUGCAGGGCGAGAAGCAGGCGGAGCUGGACCAGAUGGAGGCUGAAACUGACAUCAUCACCCAGCUGCAGCACAAGCUGGACGAGCUGGAGAGCGCCAUCCGGAGGGAGAAGGACAAGGAGAGGGCUAAUGUUGAGGCCGAGCGCCGGGCCCUGCAGAGCCUCCAGGAGGGCUACGCUGAGUUGGAGAACCAGCUUCAUAACUGUCCCGAGUCCCUGAGGGAACAGUUGCAGGAACAGCUCAAAAGGGACGGAGAUGCCUUGGAAACAGGAACCAAAAAGUUUGAGGACUUGGAGUUUCAGCAGCUGGAGAGAGAGAGCAGCCUGGAGGAGGAGAGAGAAACCAUGAGUCAGCAGCUGCUGCAGGAGAGAGCCGAGUACCAUCGCAUUGUGGCCAAGAGGAAGGAGAAGGUGUCUGCUCUGGAGAGCCAGGCCAACCAGCUGGGCCUGCAGGCGUCUCAGGAGUGUGAGCGGCUGGCCAAAGACCGGACCCUCACCCUGCAAAUGCUCCAAAAGGAGAAGGACAGGCUGUCCGCCCUGGAGAAGAGAUACUACAGCUUGACGGGAGGAAAGAACUUCCCCAAGUCCUCCACUGCCAUGAGAGAGGAUGCGCUCCGUGUCAGCGAGGCAGACCUGUUGUCGGAGGACGUCCACUCCUCCCAGCAUUCCCUCUGUCGAGCCUCUGCUUCCUUCUUACAUCCCCCUCCUCUCUGUCAGUUGUACCCCAGCAGCCCUACAGAGGAGUACUUGAAGCUGUCUGAUGUCCAUAAGCUUUACGGCAGCCCUGAAGGCAGCACGACCCCCCGCUCGCUUGAUGUAGACGCUGAGUUAGCUGGCCCCGGCGAGGAGUAUGUGACAGUGAGCCAGUUGAGUCAGAUGUAUGGGAUGCCGCAGGUGGAGUCGUCCCCUACCUCCCCGCUUCGCCAGCCCCUGCAGUCUGGACCUGUAGACCCCGCCUUCUCCUGCCUCCCCUCUCCUCACAGCUCCUCCCUCUCUCUGUCUGUAGAGUACCGCUCUGAGAGCAGCAGGCCUCACCUGCCCAAGCUAGAUUUAGAGCAGUGGUACCAGGAGCUGAUGUCAGGCUCCCCUCAGCUCUGCCCCCCCCCUCUGCCAGCCAAGUCUCAGUCGGGACGCAGGCCUGUGCUGCAGGUGUUCCGCUCUAAGCUGGACAGUGAUCCGGUUCUGUCUUUCCACCAGCCCAAACCCGGCUCGGUCCCCCCUCUGCAGCACGGAGCAGCAACGCUGGGACGCAACUCCAGCUCCAGGAGCCCCCUGCUGGCAGCCAACAGCACCGGCAGUCUGCCCAGGAACCUGGCUGCCACCCUGCAGGACAUCGAGACCAAGAGGCAGCUGGCUCUGCAGCAGAAAGGUCAGCAGGUGAUCGAUGAGCAGCGGCGGCGCCUGGCGGAGCUGAAGCAGCGUGCGGCGGUGGAGGCUCAGUGCCAGUGGGAGGCGCUGCACGGCUCUCAGUCACACCUCAUGACCUCACCCUCCUACUCCCCCAUCAUGUCGUACAGCCACGGCUCCGGAGGCGGCCCCCCCCUGGUGCACCACUCCAUCCUGCACCACCACCCCCCCUCAGCCGGGGAGCAGCCCUACGACACCCUGAGCCUGGAGAGCUCCGACAGCAUGGACACCAGCAUCUCCACCGGCAACAACUCAGCCUGCUCGCCUGACAACAUGUCCAGUUUCGGAGGAGUGGACACGCUGAAGAUCGAGGAGAUGGAGAAAAUGCUGAAGGAGGCGCAUCUGGAGAAAGCCAGACUUAUCGAAUCGCGGGAGCGAGAGGGCCUGGCUCGCCGUCAGAUGCUGGAGGAGGAGAGGAGGAGGAGGGAGGACGCGGAGAAGAGGCUGCAGGACGAGACCUUCCACCGGCAGCAGCUGGUGGAGCGGGAGGUCAAGAUGAGGGCCAAGAACUUCGCUCAGGCCCGUCCCAUGACCCGCUACCUGCCCAUCAGGAAGGAGGAGUUCGACCUGCGCUCCCACGUGGAGGCGUCGGGCCACAGCGUGGAGACCUGCUACCACCUCAUCCUCACCGAGAAGAUGUGCAAGGGCUACCUGGUGAAGAUGGGGGGGAAGAUCAAGUCCUGGAAGAAGCGCUGGUUCGUCUUCGACCGCCUCAAGAGGACCUUCUCCUACUAUGUCGACAAACAUGAGACCAAGCUGAAGGGAGUGAUCUACUUCCAGGCGAUAGAAGAGGUGUACUACGACCACCUCCGCAGCGCCACUAAGAAGGGAUUUUUCAACUUGAAUAUGACCAGUAGUCCGAACCCCUCCCUGACGUUCUGCGUGAAGACCCACGACCGGCUGUACUACAUGGUGGCCCCCGCAGCGGAGGCCAUGAGGAUCUGGAUGGACGUGAUCGUCACAGGAGCCGAGGGAUACACACAGUUCAUGAACUGAGACACACAGUGCGGAACGUUUCGGCAGGGACUCUCCCCCCCCCACACAGACUCUACAGACACUUCCUGUUGCCGCUCUGGCGGACACAACGCCUUGUUUGUUACUUUUUAUUUUCACACUUUUAUUUUACUAUGUAGACGUUUUCACCUCCACAUUUUCUACGUGAUUCAGCUCGGAUUGAAAAAGGGAGCCCUUGGAGGGGACACACACAUCUGUAUAUAAACCAAAAUCUGUCAAAGACUUUUAAAAAGCCUUUCUAUAUUGCCAAAUGGAGACCUUUUAGUUACUAUUUGUCGAACGUUUUGUAUUUUGUUUUCAUUUCUUUGUUUUUUUUAGAGAAUAUUGCCAAAUGACGUCAUGCCAAUGUUUGAGUGUUCCAUCAUGAGUACGUUUAGUUAAGACAGAAAGAGUUUAAAAUAAUCCGCAUUGAAAAGGGUUAAUCAAUUAUUGGAAAUAUAUUUGAAAGAAUCUUAUUGUGAAUGAAAUGUGAGAAAAUGUCAGUCAACAGGACCUGGAAAUGAUUUUAGUCCACUCUAUGUGAAACAUUAUAUAUGCUCACCACACACAUCCCAUUUCUUCACACCAUCAUCAUCAUCACUGCCAGCCUAAAGCCACACAGUGCAGUGCUACAGGACACCACAGGAUCAACAAUACGUACUAAUCCUGAACUGUGCCUUGACUUUGUGUUGUUGACAUCUACAAUCGCAUUAAUGCUGUAAAGGCCGUAUGUGGAGAGUUAGCAGUUAACAUGCCUCUAGCAUCCUUACAGGCAGAUAUACCAGAGGCCCUGAGCACAGUGGGAAUCAGCUAAUCCCCCGGGACGAGAGCCGGACGUUAAAGCAGAUGUUCCAAGUGGCCGAAUGGUGGUACUACAGUUUCUGCCUGUGACGUCAAUGGGCCAAAAAAUACAUUUUCACAUUGACUUGCAUUGGGAACAAAAUAAAGGUAAAUCAACUACCCAGUUUGAACACCUGAAUAGCCCCUAUUUAAAGCAUGAGGGUCUACAAGUCUUAGAAUGCGCUAAAAGACGAAUUCAGCUUUAUUUCUCUAUCCAUUCGACUAAGACAAGACUGGCAUAUUGGAGGCGGGGCUUAACGCAAACUCAAGCGCUCUAUUAGUCCAAAACCCCAGAUAAAGUGAUCCCGCCUCCAAAGCUUUAUCCAGUUCUCUUUAUACAUCCAUAGCAGCUAGUUCACUGGCAUUAUUGAAACUGAUGGGGGAAUUCACAGAUAAUUGAUUGCGGCUGCUGUUACCACUAUGGGUUGUGCAUCGUUUGCAACUGUUAAUGAACCGUAAGAUCACAUAAACAAAAAACGCUGUUAUUUUACAAAUAACAAUAUUUGCCAAAAGUAAGUAAACUUGUGAUAUAAUGCAAACCCCCUGGAAAUGUGGUUAUCAAUUCAUUUGACUAUUUUUAAAUAUAUAAUUAGCCUUUUUUGAUGGUAGUCGUUUGAACUAACAAACUCUGUUCAGUCACCUUUUAUUUAACUUCACUGAUUUGGAAGUGAUAAAGACCCCUGCUUUGAAUCCUCACUGAGUGGAGGCUUGCAUGCACGAGAGCGGAUUAAAAAAAUAUCUUCAGCUUUAAAAGACUGUCGUCAAGUGUCGAUCAUCGCGUUGUGAGUCUGUAGACGGUUUGUAGUAAACAGAUUCCGGAUGCCGUUUGUUUUGUAGAAGCAGACGACAAACUGUGAUUUUCAGAGCAUGUGGAACUCGCGUUUAGUUUCAUGUAAUGGUAAUUUAUGGUUGUGGUGCCUGAGAUAGUUACACGUUUACUAUUAAAAAAGAAGACUAGUGAAAAGACCUUAAUAUAUUCUGUCCCCUUGCCUUUACUUCCCCUUCUACGGAAGCCCAGAGAUAUAAGUGAGAAAGAAAUCUGAUGAUCCAUUUUUUUCUUCUUAUGAUUUAAAUAAUAUCUAAAAUGAAGUUGGGGAGGGGGGAAAAAAAUGGCAGAUUAAAAAAAAACGUUUAUUUGGCCUCUCUGGGCUUCCGUACACUGCACAGUUACCGCGUGCAAACCAAACUAUUCAACACUGGCAAGGCUGUUAAAUCAUGUCUGUUGAUAGUAGCUGGUACAUUACUGUUGUAAUCUGUCGAGAAGAAAGGAAACUAAAUAUACUGUAAAGAGGAUGCCUGAAUGAAAAAAAUAAUAUUACUAUUGAAAUGAAACGGUAUUGUAUGAAAAAGACAAUUUUUACUUAUUUUUGUCAUUUUAGAAAUUUUAUUGUCGGUCAGUUACAUUGAAAAUUGUAUGGUAGUGAUGUAUAAAUCUACCUUUUGUAUUUACUGGUACAGCAGAACACACACAGUAUAACACACCUAUCACUCAUGAGACUGUACUUUUCUAGAAAAUAGUUUCUGUUUCUCUCACACACACACACACAAUCUACUCGGACCAUACUGUGUUAUUGGUACCCUGUAUGUCUCAUGCGUUAUUUUCACGUAUGAAUAAUAUGGAUUUUGUUAAAUCUAUUAAAAACAGAACUGUUA